AUGGGUGGAGUUCCCCUUGUGUCUGAAUUCAAGAAUCAAGCCCCAAGAGUGCUUCUAAAGGUUCGUGGAGCCUUAGGAAGAACUUUGGUUUCUUUCACCAACAAAACAAACAGCUGCUUACAGAUCAAUAUUUUGGCUUGGCUUGAGAAGCUUGUGGCAUGGGAACUGAGCAUUCAUGAGUUUAGCAUUAGAGAGAGAAAGCUUGGAUUUCCCAUGAGAAACAGAGGUUCAAAGCAAGGGGAGAGGAAAUUUUGGGAAGAUUUGUUGAGGGAAGAGAGGAAAAGAUGA